UUGGCUUCCAAGGUCAUAGGGCCGGAGCCAUUUCACACUCCCACUUUCUGUUUACGAAGUUUCAUUUAACCUGACGGGAUGGGGUCGUUGUUCCGGAGCGAGGAGAUGCAAUUGUCCCAAAUGUUUUUGCACACAGAUAUAGCUUACAUGUGCAUCUCAGAAUUAGGAGAAUUAGGGUUGGUACAAUUUCGCGAUACUAUUCCAGGUACUAACGCUUUCCAAAGGAAAUUUGUGAAUGAGGUUCGCAGAUGUGAUGAGAUGGAAAGGAAAUUACGCUUUCUAGAGAAAGAGAUUGAAAAAGACAAGUUUCCUAUAUUGGAUACUGGGGAAAAUCCUGAAGCACCAGCCCCACGUGAAAUCAUUGACCUCGAAAGUAUCUUCGAGAAGCUGGAAAACGAGCUGAAAGAGGUCAACUCGAGUGCUGAAAAGCUGAAGAAGACAUACUUAGAACUAUCAGAACUGAAACAAAUUUUAAGAAAGACACAGACAUUUUUUGACGAAGUACGUUUUAAUCCUUAGUUUUUUUAUAAUACGAGCAACUUUUACUGCUGUAAUAUAGUAUAUGAAUGGUUCUUUAUAUAGCCACCAGCUGGAUAACUGCCGACUCCUGACGGAUUAUUUUAUUGACCUAGAACGUGGUAGUGUUCUGAAGAUUUUUACCCGAAAUUUCAAGAGGUCUUGAGGUUCGUAGCUGAGGCACUGUAAAACUAUGGUCAACAUGCAUCUGUAAUUAGUUCUCAACCUAGUUGACUUUCACGGUGCGGUAAGCCAUGCGUAUGUUUUGGGACAAAACAAAGCGCAUGUGGGAUGCAAGUGCUAUUUGUGGACUUAAUAUUCAUCUGUUGUUUGUUGUAUGCGUGCUCACUUUCAGGUGGUUAGUGUUGGCUGAAUUCUCCAGUUAGAUUACUUAUUAAUUUAGUAGGUGAUAAUCGUUUAGCAUCAGUAGUUAACUCUAUGUAUGCUUCAACCAUGUGGGGAUUUGAGCUGUGUACUGAGUCUUAUGUUAUUCCGAGUUUAAGUAAACAUAAGGUAGUUUGUUUUAUCAGUGGGCGCUUUCAUUGUCGUUAAGUAUGUGUGAAGCAAUGGUAUUUACGAUGAUGUUUUAUAUGAUAUUCAGGUUUUAGAAACAAUGGAUUUUCGUAAAUAGUUUGUCCAUACUAAAACUAAUUCAAUUAUACAUCAGGACAAGAAGGGAAAUGAAAGACGAGUAGAUAAGACAAAACUUAGUUUUCCAUUCUCAUCUUUUGUGUAGGAGCACAUGGUAUUUAGAUCUUACAUCAGACUUGAUAUGAGUCGUCAUCCAUUCUGAGUGUGAGGUUGCUUCGCAUGCCUUAAUAGUCGUGUUUACGGUCGUCUAAUUACUAGAAUUACGAUCACUGGGACCCAUCGUAACAGUGCUGUCUCAAACAAAGUCGUAGUCCACAAUGUCAUCUGGUUUGAGGAUUGUGAUUACAUAUCCUGAAUGGAAUUUUUCAAACUUCCUUAAGAGUUAGGCACGCGUUUUCAGGAGAUCUGGCUAGUCUCCAAUGCAGCCCAGAUGUAUAAAACUUACGCUUAUUUAUUAGGAACCACGCCAAAUAGGGCCAUGCUGUUCAAAGAUUACAUGGGAAAAUACUAAAAACUAGCAUUACAGCACUUGAGUGGUGUUGGUGAGAGUAUAUUCAUUGUGAUGUAACUCAACGCUGCCUGACUUCCCAACAGUGUGAACCAUCUAACAAUUCUAAGAGUAAAAUAACAAGAUUCUUUUAGGUUUUACUGCGCUAUUAAAGGACUUUUUCUCACGAUUCACAUAUAGCACUGCAGGCAGAAAUUUUUCCUGUCGGUGUAGAUCUGUAUUUGUGCUUUAAGUUAUCCUACCUUCGGUACGUUUGUAUUCCCUUAUCACACUCUCUGGGCUUGCAAUUAAAUUAUUUUCCUGAAGAUGCCCUUCGGCCAAUAUUUAGUCACAUAACUAUUGCCAUCAUUCAGUAAUACAGCAUGGCAUUUGUCUUACUGCCUUAAUCGCUAAUGAUCACUAAAGAUUCAGUCUAAGAGGGAACCGCUCUAUGAACAGCAACAGGUUGUCCGUUCCUGUUUUCCUUAUAUUGUAUCUGGUUAUAUUUUAUUGCAUGAGUCGUUGUCUGGUCCUUUUGUCGGUUCAUCCGACUUCGGUGUUGUAUUGGUGUGAAUAAAUUAGUGCCAAGCUUUACCGACUGAACGUCUGACCAUACCUUCCAAUGAUUUGCCUCUUCGCCAAAUAACUCGCAAACAGGCGAUGCACGAUCCCACAAUGUCAGAGGAAAAUAUUGGUCUCCUUGGUGGUGAAGGAAUGAGUGCGGGCGGUGCUGCUGGUGGAUUACGAUUGGGGUAAGUCUUAGUGUUUCUCUUGGUUACCUUUCUGUUGAACUUACUUGUUCGUUUAUGGUUUCUAGGGUAACGUAGGAUCCUUUGACUUGAACAUGGGGAGUGAUUCAAAUCCUGGUUACCAAGAAGAGGGCGAUAGAUAUCCUACUGGUAAAUCCAAACGUCAUGUAGAAUUCCUUGCUGGGAUUAUACUACGUGAACGGUUGCCAGCAUUCGAGCGUAUGCUGUGGCGUGUGUGUCGAGGAAAUGUGUUUCUUAAGCAGGCGGAAGUCGAUGAUCCCUUAGAAGACCUUACUACGGGUGCUUCAGUCCACAAAUCUGUGUUCUUGGUAUUCUUCCAGGGUGACCAGCUACGUUCCCGCGUUAAAAAGAUAUGUGAUGGGUUCCAUGCGACGCUAUAUCCGUGUCCUGAUUCACAGGCUGAUCGGCGCAAUAUGGCCAUUGAAGUGAUGGGGCAAAUCCAAGAUUUGGAAACAGUACUCACGCAAACCAAACAGCAUCGUCAGCGUAUUUUGGAGACGGCUGCUAAGAACUUACGAAUUUGGUUUAUAAGAGUCAGGAAAAUCAAAGCUAUAUAUCACACUUUAAAUUUAUUUAAUCUCGAUGUGACAACAAAAUGCAUGGUUGGGGAGUGUUGGUGUGCAGUAAAUGAUGUGGAUAAGAUCAAUUUGGCAUUGCGACGUGGAAUGGAGCGUAGUAACAGUACCCUUCAACCGAUUUUAAAUGGAAUUGUGACGUCGGAAAAUCCUCCUACCUAUCAUCGAACCAAUAAAUUUACAUUUGCAUUUCAAAGUAUCAUAGAUGCGUAUGGUGUGGCACGUUAUCGUGAAGUAAAUCCUGCACUGUUCACAAUCAUUACGUUUCCAUUCCUCUUUGCCGUUAUGUUUGGAGAUGCUGGUCAUGGAUUGCUCAUGUUUCUUUUCGCUUUGUGGAUGGUGGUUUGUGAGCGGAAAUUAAAUGCUAAUAAAUCUGGUGGUGAAAUUUGGAACAUUUUCUUCAAUGGCCGUUAUAUAAUACUGUUGAUGGGCUUGUUUUCCAUCUACACUGGAUUAAUAUAUAAUGACAUUUUCUCUCUGUCAGCUAAUAUUUUUGGAUCAUCGUGGUAUCCCACGUAUGAUAGCCAGGCAUUGUCACAGGAUACGAGAUUUCAGCUAGAACCCCGUACAAGUGUUAAUGUAUCAGAUCGAAUGUACGCUGGUUACCCAUACCCAUUUGGUUUGGAUCCUAUUUGGCAGUUAGCUGGCAAUAAAAUUAUGUUAACUAAUUCAAUAAAAAUGAAAAUGUCUGUUGUUUUGGGAGUGCUACAUAUGUUGUUGGGUAUAUGUUUAGGUGCUUUCAACUACAGACAUAACAAGGACACUUUGUCAAUCUUUUGCUUGCUGCUUCCACAAGUCUUAUUUCUGUCGUGCAUCUUCCUUUAUUUGGUGAUACUAAUAUUCUUCAAAUGGAUCGCGUAUACUGCAGAAACUGCAUCUUCAGCACCAAGUCUUCUUAUUGGAUUAAUCAACAUGAUCCGUUUCAGUUAUCCUGAAGAUAUCCCAUCUUUGUAUGCAGGGCAGCAAGCCGUUCAAAGUCUUCUGAUGAUUAUCGCAGUUAUAUGUGUUCCUUGGAUGUUGCUGUCGAAACCACUGAUUUUGUACAUGCGUCAUCGUGCAAUAAUGAAGAAUAGACAUUAUGUGGAACCCGAUUCAAGUGUACGUGUAAUGGUUGGUGGUGUGGCAAAUCCAACUUUGGAUGAAACUUUUGGCGGUGAUAAUGGAAUUAUGUACAGUGAUAUGUCUCCAUUACAUAGGUCUUCUGAAAACCAGUCUAAGAUUUCAUUGGUUAGUCAGACAACAGAUUCUCCAGGUACUCAUAAUGUUGAUAAGUUUGAUUUUGGAGAUAUUAUGGUUCAUCAGAGCAUUCAUACGAUUGAAUAUUGCUUGGGUUGCAUUUCUAACACGGCAUCCUAUCUUCGUUUAUGGGCGUUAAGCUUAGCACAUGCACAACUGUCGGAGGUACUUUGGAGCAUGGUGAUGAAGUUGGGAUUAAGUAUGCCCGGUCUGUAUGGUGGAGUUGUAUUAGCCUUCAUUUUUGCUUUCUGGGCGUUGCUGACUGUUAGCAUUCUGUUGUGUAUGGAAGGACUAUCUGCGUUUCUUCACACAUUGCGUCUUCAUUGGGUGGAGUUCCAAAAUAAAUUCUACAGUGGUGAUGGUUACCCUUUCGUUCCCUUUUCCUUCGAAAAUUCCAUCACUUCAGCAGAUAACUGAUGUCAUAACCGUAUUUAUCACUCAUAUCUUUUAUUUGAAUUCCGUCCUACGUGGACUUGACAGUCCUUCAAAAUUGUGAUAUUUUAUCUAAAUGUCUCAACUGUUGUGAUUAUGAUGCAUAAUAUUUAAUUGUUGUUAAUGAUUAGUGGUAAUUCUCCGGCUAUGGCGAAAUUAAUUGAUAAUUAACAAUUUUACUUCACUUAUCUCAUUUGACUUUAAUUCUAAUGUGUCAUUUCAUUUGUUAAAAAAUGACUUGGUUCUUCGUUAUUUUUUCCUCCCUCUCUACCUUACGCUAACUAAUAAACCAUGAUAUACGCAUCAGUGAACUUUUGUUUU